UUUUGGUGCUCCCACUGUCUUCUUCCAUGCCUAACAGAUAAGCAUUCACAAAUCCCAAAACAACGCAGACAAGAGACCAAUUGCUCUACUGAGUACGCAGCUUUUUCCACUCAAACCCACUAAUAAUCUCCUCACGCUCUUCAAUUUUUCAUCCAUGGCUCUCUUUCUUCUUCUUCUUCCUCUCUUCUUCCUCUCAUCACUAGCUAAUUCCCUUCCCAUCUUAUUUCCAAGAGCUCCUCAAAGCUUAUUAGCAAAUUUAUCUGAAUCAAAUAAAUAUCCCAAUCUUCCUUAUUCUGCUCAUUAUUUUCCUCAGCAGUUGGACCAUUUCUCUUACCAGCCUAAGUCAUAUACAAUUUUCUAUCAGAAAUAUCUUAUGAACUCCACUUUUUGGGAGAGAGGAGAGCCAAUCUUUGUUUAUACAGGCAACGAAGGAGAUAUUGAAUGGUUUGCUGCUAAUACUGGAUUCAUGAUGGAUAUUGCCCCUAAGUUCCGGGCACUGCUUGUCUUCAUUGAGCACAGGUAUUAUGGAACGUCUAAGCCAUUUGGAGAAAAGUCAUAUGAAUCUGCAGACAAAUUGGGGUACUUGAACUCGGCGCAGGCCUUGGCGGAUUAUGCAGUGCUCAUAAGGAGCUUGAAACAUAACAUGUCUGCUGAAUCAUCUCCAGUAGUAGUUUUCGGAGGUUCCUAUGGAGGAAUGCUAGCUGCAUGGUUCAGGCUUAAGUACCCUCAGAUAGCCAUUGGUGCCUUGGCAUCAUCAGCACCUAUACUGCAGUUUGAUGACAUUACUCCAUGGAGCAGCUUUUAUGAUGGUGUAUCCCAAGACUAUAAGGAUGAGAGCAUAAACUGCUUUGAAGUAAUAAAGAAGGGCUGGGAUGAGCUGAUGAGGUUGUCAUCUGUAAAGAAUGGACUCUCGGAGCUCAGUACAACAUUUAAGACAUGCAAAACUCUUCAUUCAGUAUAUCAAGCACGAGAUUGGCUAUGGGAAGCAUUUGUAUAUACGGCAAUGGUUGAUUAUCCAACAAAAGCAAAUUUCAUGAAACCAUUGCCAGCCAAUCCAGUUCAGGAGAUGUGCAGAAUCAUAGAUGGAUUCCCACCAGAGGUUGACAUACUCACCAAAGUGUUUUCAGCUGCAAGCUUGUAUUACAACUAUUCAGGCAGUCAAUCUUGUUUUAAUAUAGGAUAUGAGGCUGAUGUUCAUGGACUUGAUGGGUGGGAUUGGCAGGCUUGCACAGAAAUGGUCAUGCCAAUGACUUGCUCUAACAAAAGCAUGUUCCCACCAUCAGCAUAUGAUUAUAAAGAAUUUGGAGACCAAUGCAAGAAAACGUAUGGUGUAAGACCUCGGCCCCAUUGGAUUACUACAGAGUAUGGAGGCCAUAACAUCAAGCAAGUUCUUUCCAGAUUUGGAAGCAACAUAAUAUUCUCUAAUGGAAUGAAAGACCCAUGGAGCAGAGGAGGGGUACUUGAGAACCUGUCAUCAUCCAUUGUUGCUCUUGUCACGGCAAAAGGUGCUCAUCAUGUAGAUUUCAGAUCUGCUACAGAAGAAGAUCCAACUUGGCUUAUAGAACAAAGGACGCUAGAAGUGGAAAUAAUUAGAAGUUGGAUAGAUAAGUACAGAGAAGACGAAAUGAUAUGAAGAAAUAACUGCAAACAAUUUGAUGACCGGGGGAUGUAUUGUAAAACAAUAAGUCCCCACAAGGUGGCUCAUUACAUUCAUCACAAUUCCAAUAAUUUGUAAUUUGUUACCAAGUCAAUUAUUUUUAUCUUCAAUAUUAUGCUCAAAGAGUUUAUUCUCUUUCUAUGCCA